CUUUAGAACCCCAUUCGCUGUAUUUGAGUCUAUAGCCCAAGAAGAGAACUAAUGGCUGAUAUAGACGCAUCCACAAUCACCUCAAGUAAUCAUGUAUAUACUUUGGAUCCACAACCAGCAAAAGCAAAGCUUCCUUGGUAUAGGACGCUAGAUCAGAAAAAGGGCUUAUUGCUCGUCCUGAUUUCUAUGGCGAAUAUGCUUGAUAUUAUCAAUGUCGCUUCUGUCACCAUCGCCCUCCCGUCCAUUCUGCGUGAUGUUCAUUAUGAGCCAAAUCAGCUCCAAUGGAUUGUGAGUAGCUAUGCUCUUACAUAUGCUGCAUUCCUCUUAGUUGGCGGUAGGAUGGGAGAUCUAUUUGGUCAUCGUAGGGUGUUCCUGACUGGCACCACUUGGUUUGGAAUCUGGUCGCUGGUCUGCGGCUUCGCUAGGGAUCCAAUCUUCAUGUCUAUCGCACGAGCUCUACAGGGAGCUGGUGCUGGGCUCACAAUCCCUUCAGCCCUUGCGUUGCUCACCACAACCUAUCCAUUAGGGCCUGAACGGACAUUUGCUCUUUCCAUGUUCGGUGGUGCAGGUUGUAUUGGCCAGACGACUGGCGUCCUUCUGGGUGGUAUUUUCGAUGCUACUAUUGGUUGGUAUUGGAUCUUUUUUGUCACUGCCAUUAUUUCGAUCACAAUGGCUGUUGCUGGCUUCUUUAUCAUCUCCAAUGUCAAUGAUAACCCUGGCAAUACAGAUCGCCGUGUUGACUAUUUGGGCGUCGCUCUUUUCAUGGCCGGUGUUGUCAUGGUAAUCUACUAUCUUUCUGAAUCCACGACUGUCGGCUGGGGAUCUGCACAAACGUUGACGCCCUUUAUUGUGGGUUUGGUUCUUUUGGCCGGCUUCAUCUUUUGGGAACGUCGGAUCGAGUACCCAAUCAUGCCUUUCCGUAUCUGGAGUUCCCGUCGAUUUUCAGCAAGCGUCCUAGUGAUAAUAUGUGUGACCGCAUGCUACAACACCAUGAUCUUCUUCACCUCAUUGACUUUCCAGAAUGUGCUCAAAUACUCUCCUCUAAUCACAGCCUGCUGUUACAUCGUCCACGGCGUUGGCCUUGUCAUUGGGCUCUAUACAGUCACCCGACUAUUCAAGUAUAUCCGUACUAAGUUCAUUAUGUUGAUCGGAUGGACUUUGAUCAUCACAUCAGCCAUUAUCUUUGCUCAAAUUGUACCUGGUACAACCUAUUGGCACUUUGCGUUCCCUGCCUUCAUCGUGAACUGCUUGGGCCUCUCACCGACGUGGAUGUGUUGUCAAGUCAAUGUAGUCGCUGACGCUGAGGAUGAGGACCAAGGCGUGGUUGGAGCAGUCUUCAACGUUGCCAUACAGCUGGGUGGUCCUAUUGGCCUUGCAAUUGGAACUAUUAUGUCUCAAACAUUCGAAGGCAUAGGUGGAACACCUGAGGCUCUGAUGAGCGGAUAUAGAGCCGCAUUCUAUGCGUUUGCGGUCUUUGGGGGCACUGGCAUGAUCCUGACAGCGAUUUUUGCCUCAAAUCAGGAUCCUAUUGAAUUCUUGGACAUUGAUCCAGAAACUGUUGAGGGAGAUCAAGAGAAAGGGGAGCCCGCUACAGUUGAAAGCAGUAGCAUCUCAAUUUUGGAAGGAAAUGGCAAGGCAGGGAGUGAUGAGGGGCAGAAGCAGGAGACGAGGAAUUGA